AUGAUACUUCACAAAUGUGACGAAGCACUCAUGUGUAAAGUGUUCAUUAUGACCUUGGGAGGGGUAGCCCAAGAUUGGUUUCAUACCUUGGCACCCAAGACGAUUAGCAGCUUCAGAGAGUUAGCCCUCGACUUCAUGAAGGAGUAUACUUCCUAUCGGGAGAUCAAGAAGCAGGUUGACCACCUCUUCAACUUGAAGAAAAAGCACAAUGAGUCUCUCCAAGACUACACCAUUAGGUUUAAGGCGGAAAAAUCCAACAUUGUGGGGUUCGAUAAUCGAAUCACAUCCUCUGAGUUCAAGAAAGGAUUGUUGAUCGAACAUAACUUAUACUGUGAGUUAAGCAUCACUCCCAGGCAAACCUUUGCUGAUGUCUUCGCAACAGCAGAACGUUAUGCACUUUGGGAUGACGAUCGAAUCCCCGCGAAUAAGUCGUCAAACAAGCUGACUAGUCACCAAAGGGAGCAGGAUAGAAAAAUACCGAAUCGUACCAUGCGAACGAAGGAGGAAAAUGCAAAGGAAAAUCCAAAACAUCAAAUCCUGGCUUUGGUGAAAGACAAAUCAUGGCUGAAGACACCACCGCCUCUGAAAUCUGAUCCUGCCACAAGGGACACCUCCAAAUAUUGUGCCUUCCAUGGAAUACAUGACCACUAUACUGGCAAUUGCACGUCUUGGAAAAUACAUCUUGAGGAGCUGGUAAGAGAUGAAAAUUGCACCGAAUUUGUGGUGAAGAAAGCUUUUCAUCAUAUCGAGGAUCGUGAUGCAGCUAAAGAACCUCCAUAA